AUGCGAGGAAGCCCGCGAUCGAGGCCACAUCGCUGCUGCGUCAAUUGGAUCGCCCAGUCCCGGCGCUGGAUCGCGGAUGAAGCGCCCCGCUGCUUGGAUUCCAGCGCCCACUGCAUCGCCGCGAUCAAGGAUUGCCGGGACGCGCGCGCAUUGGGCGAUGGGCGGCGAAUUCACGACGCAAUCACGAAGAAUGGCCUCGAUCGCGACGCGCUGGUGGGGAAUUUUCUCAUCCAGAUGUAUGGGAGAUGUGGCGCCGCCCAGGAUGCUAGAUCCGCGUUUGAUCGCAUCGCCCAGCCGACAUCUUACUCGUGGAAUUUGCUCCUCGCAGCAUUUGCCCACAACGGGCAUUUGCUGGAAGCUCAAACCAUCUUUAGGGCGAUGCCAUGGCCGGAUACUGUGUCCACGAAUAUCAUGAUCGCAGCCUAUGGACAAAACGCGCGACUCGAUCUAGCGCUUGAGCUGUUCUGGAAGAAUCGAGAGAGGGAUCUUGUCUCUUGGAAUUCGAUGCUCGCAGCAUUUGCCAAGAACGAUCGCGGAGAAGAAGCGCUCGAGCUCUUCCGGGCUAUGGAUCUCGAGGGCUUCCAGCCCAACAAGGUGAGCUUCGUGAGCCUUCUCCACGCGUGUUCUUCGAUUAGAUCCUUGAGCUUGGCGACGAUCCGGAUGAUCCAGUGCCUGAUGGCGCCGUAUGGCUAUGAGAUCGAUGUGAUCCCCGCCACCGCGCUGCUAAAUCUCUUUGGGCGAUGCGGCGCCACCGCCGAGGCCAAGAGGAUCUUCGAUCGAAUUCCAUCGCCCAAUGCGGUCUCGUGGACGACGAUGCUGGUGCUGCUCUUGCGGAGUGGCGAUCUCGCCAGCGCGAUGGAGCUCUUCGAUCGCAUGCCCUGGAGAAGCGUCGUCUCCUGGAACGCGAUGAUCUCGGCGAUGGCGGGCAGGGAUCUGGCAGAGCCCAAGAAAUUCUUCGAUGCGAUGCCCGCCUACGAUAGCGUGUCUGUGAAUUCGAUGCUCGCGGCCUACUCCCACCAUCCCGGAGAGAUCGAUCGAAUGCGAGAGCUCUUCCACCGAAUGUCGUGGCACAGGAACACGAUCUCCUGGAACACGAUGAUCGCCGGCUACGCGCAAGCCGGGAACCUCCACGAAUCGCUCGUCCUCUUCAAGACAAUGCUGCUCCAUGGCGAGACGGUGAAUCAAAUCACCUUGGUGGCCAUCAUCGACGCCUGCGCCGCCGCGCCUGAUCUCCACGAAGGCCGGAAGCUCCACGCCCUGGCCGCCGCGGAGCUAGGGUUCUUCACCGCCAUAGCCAAUGUUCUCAUCAAGCUCUACACCAAUUGCGAGAGACUGGAAUAUGCCAGGGACAUUUUCGAAUCCCUGGCGCGCCCUGACGUGGUGUCCGUGACGGCCAUGAUCACCGCAUACGGACGGAUGGGAUGUGCCCACGAGGCCAAGCGGAUAUUCGAUGCCACGCUGGAGCACGACGUGAUUACGUGGACCGCCAUCGUUGGCACACUUGCCCACAAUGGGCAUCUUGACCAAGCCGAGAACCUGUACGGCAGGAUGCCCUUAUGGGACCAAAUGGCCAGCAACACUAUGGUAGUAGCGUACGGGCAAAGCGGUCAUUUAGAUCAAGCUAAACAGCUCUUUGUAAAAAUGCCCAAGAGAAACGCAGUAAGCUGCAACGCUUUAAUCUCUGCAUUUACCGCUAAUGGGCAUGCGGAAGACGCUGUAAAGAUGCUCCCUUUGAUGGAUCUCGAGGGCCAGGAACCCAACAAGAUCACAUUCCUCGCAAUUAUCGAUGCCGCGGCGGUCAACGGUGCUGUCGCCGAGGCUCUGCUGGUCCACGCGGCGGCCAACGAGUCCGGGCUCCUCCAGGAGCACACGGAGCUGGGGACGUCGCUGGUCAACAUGUACGGCCGGUGCGGUAGCGUUUUGACCGCCCACCGAGCGUUCAACGCCAUAUUGACCAAGUCGUAUAUCUCCUGGAACGCUCUCAUCACGGCAUAUGCGCAGAAUGGGCAUGCUGAGGUGGCGGGCGAUCUCACGAGAGCCAUGGAACUCCACGGCUACGCCUCAAACGAGGUUACUUUCCUCUCGAAUCUGUUCGCGUGUAGCCACGCGGGGAUGCUCCAAGAAGCUUGGAACCUCUUCGUGUCGAUGCAAAGUGACUAUGGGAUCACACCCCAGAUGGAUCACUACUGCUGCGUGGUUGAUUUGCUUGGGCGAUCCGGGACGAUGGAGGAGGCGGGCGAUUUGAUCGGUAGCAUGCCGAUCGAGCCCAGCGUUGUGGGGUGGAAGACGCUGCUGGGAGCGAGCAGAGUUCACAGCGAUGUCGAGCAAGGAUUGGUGGCGAGUUGCAAGUGUGUUGAUGAGAGUGAUUCUUCGGUGUUUGCGUUGAUGUCCAAUGUGUAUACAAACUGA